CGUUCUCCUCCCUCCCCAAAAAAAGUAUUGGAUGUCUGGCAGGAAUCUGCGGGGCCCUCCCUCCCUCUUCUAAGAACAUAUUUGUGAGGCCGCGCGGAGGCAGAGCCUGCACUCCGGCUUCACGUCCUCUCAGGAACACACGCCGCUCUCCAACGCUCUCUUUGUCCAUUUGUCAUUUUUGGGGAGGGGAAACGCUCAGAUCCGUAAGCAGCCAUGGACGCCAUCAAGAAGAAGAUGCAGAUGCUGAAGCUGGACAAGGAGAACGCCUUGGACCGAGCGGAGCAGGCCGAGUCGGACAAGAAGGCGGCGGAGGACCGAAGCAAACAGCUUGAGGACGACCUGCUGGCGCUGCAGAAGAAGCUGAAGGGGACGGAGGAUGAGCUGGACAAGUACUCUGAGGCGCUUAAAGACGCCCAGGAGAAACUUGAACUGGCUGAGAAGAAAGCCAUGGAUGCUGAGGGUGACGUCGCUUCCCUCAACAGACGCAUCCAGCUGGUGGAGGAGGAGCUGGACCGUGCUCAGGAGCGUCUGGCAACCGCCCUGACCAAGCUGGAGGAAGCCGAGAAAGCAGCCGAUGAGAGCGAGAGAGGCAUGAAGGUCAUUGAGAACAGGGCCAUGAAGGAUGAAGAGAAGAUGGAGAUCCAGGAGAUCCAGCUGAAGGAGGCCAAGCAUAUUGCAGAGGAGGCUGACCGCAAAUACGAGGAGGUGGCUCGUAAGCUGGUCAUCAUUGAGGGAGAUCUGGAGCGUACGGAGGAGCGUGCUGAGUUGUCAGAAGGCAAAUGUGCUGAGCUGGAGGAAGAGUUGAAAACUGUGACCAACAACCUGAAGUCACUGGAGGCCCAGGCUGAGAAGUACUCCCAGAAGGAGGACAAAUACGAGGAGGAGAUCAAGGUCCUCACCGACAAGCUGAAGGAGGCUGAGACGCGUGCCGAGUUUGCUGAGAGAUCAGUAGCCAAGCUGGAGAAGACCAUUGAUGACCUGGAGGAGAAACUGUCCCAUGCUAAAGAAGAGAACCUUGAUAUGCACCAGAUGUUGGACCAGACUCUAAUGGAACUGAAUAAUUUGUGAAAACGCGGUCUGACCCCGACUUGCACUGUGGUUUUUUGCUUCUUCUUUUUUUUUGUACUUGCACCUUUGCUGCCCCGUCAACCUGUACCUUGCCCACGGUGCAGAUGCUGUUUGUGUUGCACCGUCCUGCCUUCAGUGGAACCAAGGAGCUAAGGGAAGUAAAGCUUAACCAUUCCCUCUGAUGUCGCCCACAGUGAGAAGCAUGAUUGAUAAAUUGUCCUCGGGUGACGUUGCACGUGACAAAGAUUGUCUGCUACAUCGCAUACAUGUCUUCUCUUCCACUUUCAUUUUUGCACAUACCAAAGGACAAAGUGGAGAAAUUUAGCACUUAAGUCAACCUCACGAUAAUGCCUUUUCUGCAUUCUGUUAGAAGCAUAGAUGCUGCACUUCUUUAACAAAAAAAAACAAAAAAAAGUAAAUAUUUUGGUGCUAGUGUAUUCAUCUUUAGGCAUUACUAUAUAUUGUUUUGGUAAGUUUCUUCAUUUUGUCGGUCCUGUAUUUGGUUGUGCAUUGUUUUAGCAUUUUUAAUGGUGAUGUUUCAAAUGUUUAUAUUUGAAAUGUAAAAAAAAAAAAAAAAAGAAUUAAAUUAAAGCACGUUUUGAAAGCUUUUUAA